GUGAGUGUCCUAGAUAAAAAGCCUCUUCUUUCCCGCCACAGCUAUUAGGGUAUGUGCUCUGUUCUCCUCAUCGAGCGAUAGAGUGAGUGUGGAGUGUGUGCAAGGUUGAAGAAAAAGGAUGUUGUGGGUGGACAAGUACCGUCCCAAAACCCUAGAUCAGGUUAUGGUCCACGACGAUGUCGCUCAAAACCUCAAGAAAUUGGUUACGGAACAGGAUUGUCCCCAUUUGCUAUUCUAUGGUCCAUCUGGUUCUGGCAAGAAAACCCUAAUCAUGGCGCUUCUCCGCCAAAUGUUCGGAACUGCUGCCGAAAAGGUGAAGGUGGAAAAUAGGACGUGGAAAGUGGAUGCUGGAAGUAGAUCAAUUGAUUUAGAGCUGACAACAUUGUCUAGUGCCCAUCACAUUGAAAUGAGUCCAAGUGAUGCAGGCUUUCAGGACAGAUAUGUUGUUCAAGAAAUCAUCAAAGAAAUGGCUAAGAAUAGACCCAUUGAUACUAAAGGGAAGAAAGGAUUUAAAGUACUAGUGCUUAAUGACGUUGACAAGCUCUCUAGAGAAGCUCAACAUUCUCUCCGCAGAACAAUGGAGAAAUACAGUGCUUAUUGCAGAUUAAUUCUAUGUUGCAAUAGUUCUUCAAGAGUCACUGAAGCAAUCCGCUCCCGUUGUCUAAAUAUACGAAUAAAUGCACCAAGUGAAGAACAGAUUGUUGAAGUUAUAGAGUUCAUUGGUAAGAAAGAAGGGCUGCAAAUUCCUUCUGGUUUUGCUGCUCGCAUAGCAGAAAAAUCAAAUCGGAAUUUAAGGAGGGCCAUAUUAUCAUUUGAGACUUGCCGUGUCCAACAGUAUCCUUUCACGAACAGGCAAACAAUUCCCCCAAUGGACUGGGAGGAAUAUAUUUCUGAAAUAGCAUCUGACAUAAUGAAGGAACAGAGCCCAAAAAGGUUGUUUCAAGUUCGAGGGAAGCUGUAUGAGCUUCUAAUUAAUUGCAUUCCCCCAGAGAUGAUUUUGAAGAGGCUUCUUUUUGAGCUAUUGAGGAAACUGGAUGCAGAACUAAAGCAUGAAGUUUGUCACUGGGCUGCAUAUUAUGAACAUAGGAUGCGCCUUGGACAGAAAGCAAUUUUUCACAUCGAAGCAUUUGUGGCUAAGUUCAUGAGCGUCUAUAAAUCCUUUCUCAUUGCUACAUUCGGCUGAAUGUGAACUGAAGAUUUGCUUUUUCCAUGCUACAUGUUUAAUGGUUUGUGUACUAGAAAUAACUUCGUAUAUAAUGGAGUUUUAACAUCUUCCGUGAGUUUUUCUCAUGUAUGCAUGCUGCAACUGCAAUGACAGAAUUCUGAUGUUUCGGUUUGUAAGAGGUUUUAUGAUUUAUUAGAUUUUGUGGACUUUGCAUGAUAAAUGGAUAUUGAAUUCCCCA